GUCGCGUCUGCCUCCUCGUUAUCGCCAACUCCUCCCGACCUUCCUGCCCAAACACUCUCCCACUCACUCACCCACACUUAUAUAUACAGAACAUGCCAUCAGUCUCCGACGCGCAAUCCGCGAGUUUCUACUCCUCCCUCGCGCCCGACCUCGCCUCGUCGUGCGCGACUCUGCAAAAGUCAUUCUCGCUCUCUCCCCUCGAGCUCUACUACAAAAUCGAGUCCUUCCAGAUCGAGCGCAAUAUCGACCCCGGCGUGGUGUCGCAGACGUUGCUGGAGGAUCUCAGAUUACAGCUGCAGGAGAACUUGGAGAGGAAACAGCAGCAGCACCAGCAGCAGCAUCGACAGAGUAGUAGUCCUGUUGCUGGGGGGGUUACGCCUUUGAAGCGCAAGUUUGCGGGAAAUGGACAGACGCACACGCCUUUGCGGAGCUCACCUCUAUCUGACACAACAUUCGCCGCCCGCUCCGACGCAGGUCGCGUCAUGGAAACACUCAACCCAGCAAUCCAAAUCUCCAAACCCAGCAUCCCCGAAGACCGCGCGCGCAUCACCGCAUUCAUGGACACCAAGAAAUACCAAUACCGCACCAUGCGCCAAGCGCUCCUCGAAGCCUCCGAGUUCCUCGACGAGCGCAUCGAAGCCUUUGGCGAGCUCGUGCAGACGCAUCUACGCGAGCAGUUGCUUGGCGGCGACAAGAAGUGCGAAGAUCCGGUGCUGCUGGCAGCGAUUGAGCGGCUCGCGAGCCCGAACGCGGUCUCGCACGAGGACGUCGUGGUAGUCGGGCGGAUCGUGAGCGACUCUGUGCAUGCCGCGGACUCGGCGCGGUUGAAUGAGAAAUCGAUGUUGCUCGAGUGUUCGCGCAGAAUGGGAUCUGGCGUGCGCGUCCCUCUCAAAUUCGCUCUUUCACCCGCCAGCAGCAGCAGCAGCAGCAGUAGCGACGCGAGCGCGGCAAUCACGAUGUCCGGCCCCGUGAGUUUCUUUCCGGGCCAAAUAGUCGCGCUGCGAGGCAGCAACCCUUCAGGCUCCGAAUUCGUCGUCAAGGCGAUCCUCAAAAUGCCCGAACUCGCAUACCCCGUCUCGCCGAUCUCGACGCUGCGCACGACCGCCAGCGGCCCGACGCGGAUGAUGGUCGCCAAGGGCCCGUUCACGACGCAGGAUAACCUCGAGUUUGCGCCGUUGGCGGCACUGGUCGAUUCCGCAAUCAGCAGCAACGUCGACGUCGUCGUCCUUCUCGGCCCGUUCGUCGACGUCCUCCAUCCGCGUCUAAACGACCCGGCCGCGUUACCCGCGCAAGGCAUCGCAACCCUCGAAGACCUCUUCCGCACCUGCGUCUCGCAGCACCUGCGCCGUCUCGAAGCCGCCUCGCCAAACUGCCAGAUCCUGCUCGUGCCCGACUGCGGCGCGCGCGAAGCCGUCCAGCGCCAUCUCUCGUUCCCGGUCCCGCCCGUGACCGGCGGCGCGGAGACGAAGAAACAGCUCGGCCUGCCCCGGCGCGCAAAGUGGCUCUCGAACCCGGCGUUUGUCGCCGUGAACUCGAGCGUGCUCGCGAUCGCGAACGUGGAUGUGCUGAUGCAGAUGUCAAAGGUCGAGCAUAUCGUCCGAGUGCCGAACCCUGCUUCUUCCACGCCUGGCUCGCAGGGCGAGGAAUUCGAGCGCAGCGCGAUGGUUCGCGGCGUGCGUAAUCUCAUGCUCCAGCGCUCGCUCUACCCCGUCUUCCCAUCCGACCCCGCGACCCCGCUCGAGGUCUCCUACCUCGGUCUCGCAGACAUGAACAUCGCGCGGCCCGAUAUCCUGAUUGUACCUUCCGCGCAGCGGUAUUUUGCAAAAGUGGUCGAUAACGUCGUGGCGAUAAAUCCCGGGCCGCUGACGAUGAUGAAGGCGGCGGGGACGUAUGCGGUCGUGGAUAUUGCGGGGAUGGACGCGCAGGCGUUGCAGAAUGUGGAGGAGAGGGAUGGCGAGACGGCGUCUACGACUCAUGAUAUUUGGAACCGAUGCAAGGUAGAGAUUCGGAAGAUAUAGGUUCAACUUUAUAUUAUAUUAUAAGCAGGUGUUAAGCAUUAUUAAUUACAGCAGUUUGAUACAUCAAUUCUUAGGUCUGUAA